UUUCUUAUUUACCCUUAUACAAUUAAUAAAUCUAUACUCAAGCUAAUCAGCCUUAUUAAUUGACCCAAGCACCGAACCCGUCACACUGUUACUGUGGCUUGUAUUAUUUGGACUUCGAUUUUGUGCCUUUUGAUAAGGAUUUAAGACGUACUUAGUGCUUUCGUUUGAAAACAUGAUGGAAAACCAUGCAUAGAUUACUCUGUAUAAAUUGUAACCUUUGUAUUGAUAGGAUUCAGCGUUAUCAAGUUUGAUCACUUUAUAAGAAGAAAAUCCACGGCUGUUGCAUGAACACAGGGGUGUAGUGGGGCUUGCUGCAGUCUUGAUAAAAAUGCGGUCAGGUGACUCUGAUUUACGAAUUUCAUCUUUUAUAACCUCGUGUCGCAUUAGUGGGGUUAAUGAAUGCAACAAGAUAAAUACUCAGUCAAGAUUUUGUUCCUUAUUAUUUAGGAAUAAAUUAUAUGACAAGAGGAACAUUGAUGGAACAUAAUCUGAUGAUCCCAAAUGGUAUCUACGAUCACAAUAACAACCAAGUGAUUGUGAUAUGUGAUGGCACAUAUAUUUAUAUCAAUAAAAGUAAUAAUUAUAUGUUUUAAAAAGACACAUUAUCCCUACACCAGGGGUGGCCAGCUUGUUGAGACCCAAGAUCUACUUUUCACUGACGACACCCAGUACGAUCUACCAAUUACUUUACUUUUUAAAAUCUUAAAUGGAACAGCCUAGUUCGUACACUAUGUAUUUAUAUUUUUUGAAUUGCCACGAUCGACUGGACCAAUAGUUGCGAUCGACUGGUACGCCACACACGUCCUACACAAAUAUAAGAAUUUGUUAAAGCCAAUUUUAGUAGUAACAUGUGAUGGAUAUAUUUUGGAUUGGUUUGGCCCAAUCAGAGCUACUAAAUCUGACGCAGAAAUAAUGUGGUCUUUGUUCAGAAAUUAAAAUGCGCCGUCGAAACAGUACUUCCAAGAUAAUGACACAUUUAUUCUAGACAGAGGUUUUAGAGAUGGUAUCAGCUUAUUAGAAAGUUACAAUUAUGAAGCAUAUAUGCCCGAGUCAUUUUUGGAAGGUGAACAACAGUUAACCACCACCCUGGCAAACAGAAAUAGAUGUGUCACAAUAUGCAGAUGGGUGGUGGAGGUUGUAAAUGGGUAUUUUAAAAGAGAUUUCAGGCUAUUACGAUUUGACCAUUUUAAUAAAACCGUACCUCAUAUGUUUGAGUAUUUCCAAAUUGCGGCUUGUUUAAUUAUUAUGUUUGGUGUUCGCCUAUAUAAUAGGUCUGAUGCUGCUUAAAUUCUAAGUACAAUAUAUGAAAGGAUGCCACUGGAAAAUAAUUUGGCGAAUGUAGUUUCCCAGUAUAAUUUGAAUCGCUGGGGAUCAUUUUUUCAAAACAUUACAGCCAAUACAAAUAAUAUUGAGUUCCCCUGUCUAGAAUUCAAUGAAUUAAUAAUGUUUGCCUUGGAAACAUACCAAAUACGCCAGGCACGUUCUUAUUAUGGUGAACAUAUUUACAUGGUGGAUGUAGAAUAGAAGUAUGUUCAGAUACAAGUCGUAUAUCUUAGGCAGGGAUGAAACUAUUCUCAUAAAAUGACGAAUAAAAUCCAGGCAUGUCUCAAGGCGCCAGUAUUAAAAAAUAUUACAAUAGAUUUUCAAUAAAAUUAAUAAAUGGCAUUAAAUAAUACUUAAAUUCACGUCUCGAGUUUUGAUAGUAAAUGAAACUUUUUCAUUUCAUUUCUUCAGGUUCCGCAAAUACAAGGCCAAACUUUUUGAGCCUACCGUUCCCGGCACUUUAUAAGUAAAAGUAUUUAUUUAUAAGGAGCUUAGCAUCUGUGAUUUUGUUUUCCUUCGAGAAGAUGCAUCACGAGGUUCAUUGACUCCAGCUUACACCGGCCCACAUAAGGUAGUGACAAAGUAUAUCAAAUAUUACUUAAUGGUAAGGAUGUCACGGUGUCGAUAGAUAGGUUGAAACCGGCACAUAUAUUAUCAGACCAUUGUGAAGAACCCGUUCCCGAGCCUGACGUACAAAAGGAGUGAAUAACGCGUAGUGGACAUCAUGUUAGAUUUACAAACUUUUAUCGCCCUUGACGGCCUCUGGAAGGGGGUGGUGUAAGUGACUUUCCUACAUUUAUUUACAUAUUUACCUCAUAAUAAAACUUAAUAUAACUAUUCAACUAUACCAGAACGUUGAACAUACGCAAACGGUGGAUGGGUGGGGCCAUGUGCUACUUACUCAGCCCAAAUUAUUUGACCUUGGCCCCGUGGUUUUUUUUAUAAUUUUCUUUUUUGUGUUUUUUCGAAUUUCGCCACUUUCGUAACUUUAAAGGCGAAUAUUUUUAUUUACAAUGAGUAAAACAGACAACAUUUUGUUUUGUUUUUAUUUUGAAUGUUAUCGGAUUCUCGUUUAAUUAUUGCUUCAUGCAGAUAUAACCUACAAAAUAAGUUAUGGGUCUUCAAAGUUACAGAAACAUGUAUGAAAAUACUUAAAACUUAAUUUAUUAAAAAAAAACUAAAAGUGAUUGAGGACUUCCAAUUCUAGCAAAACAUCCCUAGUGUAUGAUCUUUCUAACGAUAUGUAAUUUGUUUUGAUUGAAAAAGAACUUUAAGAGUUAUUUAGUUUUUAUGAAGUACUUACGUGAAUUUUCACAAAACUCUACUUUUGCGGAAAGUGAAAUGUUUUGCGAAAUUUAAUAAUGAUAAGUUGGUAAAAAUGAAACGAUCGAUGGAAAAUAAGUAAUUACUUUAUUUCCUUUUUAGCCUUAUGUGUUGUCAAAUUUAGAGGAAAACUAAACCCAACGUGGUCGUUGACUAAACAACUCACCUUUUGUUAACUGGGCUGAUUAUACGGAGCAGUAAAAAUGGCUAAUACUAAUUCACGUGAAGCGCGAAGGAUUUACCAAGAGCGCUAUCCUAACCGAAGAGUACCCAGUCAUCAGACGUUUGCGAGUACUUACCGACGUUUACGACAAACCGGUAACCUGAACUUUCAAGAACCUCGAGUUAACAUAAGAGAACUAAAUGUUGCCAUUGACGAACAAAUUCUUGGAGAGUUUGAGCAGAAUCCUACUACAAGCAUUAGACAGAUAGCUGCCAGACUUGGCCUAAGCAAAUGGAAAGUGUGGUCUGUUUUCCGGAACGAUGGGAGGCAUGCUUUUCACUACACUCCAGUGCAAGAAAAAGAAGAGGCAGAAGAAAGAGGCGCACUGCGACCAGAAAAGAAGUCCCAGAAGCAGCCUCUACGCCCACACCGCAACCCAGUACCAAACCGGCCGGCCGGAAGGGACCGGCCUCGAGAGCCACCACCACCACCACCGCUUCAUCACCCACAGAUGACUUCAGGCCAGCCAUCCAGACCUCGACAUCCAAAGGACGACCCCAGCUUUUUCCCGGUCCCCUUUGUCCCCUGUCCAUACGGUCGCAACCAAACCCCCUACGAUUCCCCCUACCAACACCAUGUCACCUCAAUCAAAAAGCUCCUGUCCACAGUAAUAGUCGAGCUUAAAGCAAUAGUCGACCACGUCCGGGCCACCAUCAACGCUCUGACGCUCGGCGCUCACUCGGCCUCCCCCGAAGGGGUCUCACCGGGUGGGCUGACCGCGCCGAGGGCAAACCUCCAUCUAUGUGCCCGCAUUAGGCACCCCAAAUACCAAAGGGGCCGUCGCCCCGGAGAGGAAGCCCGGGAAAGAGCAACCGCUCGGCCCGAAUCCGCCGCAAGGCGAAGAAACCAGUGAUUUAACUUUCAUUAUCAUUGUAUAGUUUUAACUGUGUGAAUCUCUUAUUGUAUUUAUUUUGUUUCUUAUCUUUUAUAUUCAUUAUGAAUAAAAGAAAAGCAUAUAGUGUAAAAGAAAAGCUUGAUAUUAUUAAUAAAGUAAAGAGUGGGGUCUCAAAAGCAAACAUAAGAAGGGAAUAUGGAAUACCCGAAGGAACAAUACGGGGCUGGAAGGCAGAAGAAACUAAACUGAACUCAUUUGUUGAUAAACUGGACCAAGAGACCGGGCUUACUCGAAAAAAGGCAAGACUGGGAAAAAACCAAAACGUUGAUGAUUCCUCUAUGUAUGGUUUGUGCAGAAAAGAAGUGAAGGUGUUCCCAUAUCUGGAACUGCAUUAAAAUUGCAAGCUGAAAAAUUUCACACAAGCUUGAACCUUGAAGGGAAUUUUAAGGCCUCUGAUGGUUGGUUUUGGCGUUGGCAAAAACGACACCUCCCAGGUAAACAUUUCUGGUGAAGCAAAGUCCAGUGAUGUUGCAAGUGCAAUUGAGUUCCCUAAACAAUUGGCAAUUUGCAUUAAGAAUGAAGAACAUAAUUAUGUACAAAUUUACAACUGUGAUGAGACUGCACUAUAUUAUAGACUGUUGCCAAGUAAAAGCCUAGAUCUAAAAAGUAACCCACAGAAAAAGAGAUUAAAAGCAAGCAAAGAAAGAAUAACAGUAUUAUUUUGUGUAAAUAAAGCGGGUAACCACAAGUUAACACCUCUGAUCAUUGGUAAAAGUCAAAACCCACGUUGUUUCAAAUCAAUCAACAUUAAAUCCCUGCCAGUUUAAUAUACACUGGACCGCAAAAAAAACGGGUCGGUUAGAAAAUCGUCAAUAUCUUGAAAACUACUUAACUUAUUUUUAUGAAAUAAAAACUAAAUUAAAGAUUAUUUAAUUGUAAUUUAUUGAAUAUAAAAAAAUACAAAUUAAAAGUUGUCUAUUUUCAAUAAAUGUCAAACGAAUGAAAAAGGUAGUUUUUCUGACAUUUUCGUAAAUAUGAAUUGUAUAAAGAUGUGACGUUUUUACGCAUGUUAGUAUUUCGUGUUGCCUCCACGAGCUUGCAAAACUGCGGCUAUGCGAUUCGGCAUACCUUCCACAAGGUUUUUAAGGCGAUGCUGCGGAAUGUUCUGCCAUUCCUCGAUCAAAGCUCCUUUCAAUUCACGCAGCGUGAUUGGCGGCGGAUUCCGUUGACGUACACGUCGUCCCAGUUCGUCCCAUGCAUGUUCGAUGGGGUUUAAGUCGGGGCUUCGUGCUGGCCACUCCAUGCAUGUGAUACCUACUUCGUGAAAAUAGUCGAACACUAUCUGAGCUGUAUGCGGGUGGGCGUUGUCUUGCAUAAAAACAGCAUUUUCGCCCAUAUCUACUAAAAAUGGACCAACAUAGUCAUUAAGAAUUUCAUUCACAUAUCGUUCUGCUGUUAAACUGCCAUUUUCUAUCACUACUAGCUCAGUACGGCUUUCGGAAGAAAUCCCAACCCACACGUGUAUAGAGCCACCGCCAUAUGGUACUUUUUCUUCUAUACAAGCUUGGUUAUAGCGCUCUCCCGGUCUUCGGUACACUCUUUUCCUCCCAUCGUGCUUGUAUAAACAGAAUCUAGACUCGUCUGAAAACAUAACUCUUGACCAGUCAUCCAGAGUCCAAGUUUCGUGUUCUCUGCUAUAACUCAGCCUUGAGUUUAAGUGGUGUCUUUCUAAUUUUGGGCCAUUUGCAGGCCUUAAUGGUCUCAAAUUUGCUUCAGCCAGACGUCGCCUUACUGUAUCUGUACUCAGAUAGUUUCCUCCAGCUCGUAAAUGGUGAUUUUUUACCUCAACGGCCGUAAGAAAUCGAUUUCUCAAAAUUGUUGACACCAUAUAGCGAUCCUUCCGCGUAGUCGUGCACCUCGUUCGGCCUGUUCCUGGUCUUCUUAGGUUGGAUCCAGUUUCAUGGAAACGCUGGAGUACCCGCUGAACUGUGGAAAGACUCACACCAACAGUUCUCGCUGUAUUGCGCUGACUGCGCCCAUCUUCAAGCAUUGUCAGGAUCCUGGUGCAUUCUUCAGGGGUUAACGACAUGAUGACUUCAGAAUACAAUUUUUGUAUGACAAACACACGAUAUUUAUUGUAGUUUUUAUGUCAAAACUAAAACAAAUGCGAAACAAAUGCUUUGAUUUUUUUAGAACUAAAUUGAAAAACAACCAUUAUCUUCAUUGCCAGUUUUCUUACACAAUUAUCUAAAGUAAAUAAAAAGGUUUUAUAUACUAUGUUAAAUAACAUUAAAUAUUCUUUAAUUGAGUUUUUAUUUCAUAAAGCUAGGUGAGGUAGUUUUCAAGUUAUUGAAGAUUUUCUAACCGACCCGUUUUCUUUGCGGUCCAGUGUAGAAACAGUGCAAAUGCUUGGAUGACAGCUAAUAUAUUUUAUGAUUGGUUUCAUUCUUCAUUUGUUCCCACUGUACAAAAAUUGCCCAUCUCAUCCACCGGCUGACAACCUUAUGUCCAAUUAUGGCAAGUUAAAAGAAAUAUAUCUACCAAAAAAUACUACUGCUCUAGUACAACCCUUAGACCAAGGCAUAAUUAGUGCUUUCAAAUCAAAUUAUAGAAGAGAAAGGAUUACGUCAUUAUUAGCGUCAGACACAGAAGUUAGUGUUUUUUUUAAAAAAGAUGGAUCUCAAAGAUGUGGCCUAUAGUAUUGGACUUGCCUGGCAGGCUAUAACUUCCGUCACUAUUAGAAACUGCUGGAAAAAAUUGAAUGAACCUAAAGAUCGUAUGGAUCUUGAUAAUCUCCCAUCACAUUCAGAUGCUACAGAUUCAGAUAAGAUAUUUACUGAUACUGAAGUUUCCAGAAUUCGGGAAAUAUUAGAUGAGCCGGAUUUAACAAACGAUAUUUUAACUCAAUGGUUAUAUGUGGAUUCUGUAGAAGAUAUAUGUGAAAAAAUGGCUGAUCUGAUGAUAACUGAAUCUGUUUGCGGCAAUGAAAAGGGCCAAGACGAUAUAGACGACGAUACAGAAAGUGCGAGUAUCAAAGCUGACGUACCAACAUUAACAGAAGCAAUAACAGCUGGCGAGUCGGUGGUUACAGGGACUGCUAAUGCCAGGCCUCGCACGCAACAGAGUCCAACAGCUCUAUCGCCCACGCCGCGUCGGCGGCGAAGAUGUCUGAUUCAAGCGCAGUCUCCUCUCCACAGAAGGGCUCGCACCCAGACACAGUCACAUUUGGCCAGGCAAGCCUUUGUCAGAUCUGACUGUGAAUGGAGAUCAUUUCAGCUGGAAGUAGAGCAGGAGAAAAUUAGAUUAAGAGAAUUAGAAUUAAGUAAUCAACAGCGUUGGUUAGAUUUAUUUAGUAAAUUUUUAGAAUGGGGGAAUAGAAUUGUAGAUGUUAUUGAAUAAAAAUAAAAAAUUUAAAUCUUCAAGUGUAUUUUUUUAUAAUAUAAUGCGAGUACUCGGGAUCAGGGACGUUAUAUUUCAAGGCAAUGUUAUGUAAAAGAGUACAUACUAUUAUAAUCUUGGAACACUUUUCUGGUGCAUAAUGUAACGUCAUUUGUAAACAUCGCCAACGGUUCUUUAAUCUCCCAAAUGUAUUUUCAAUGACUACUCUUGCAGAAGUGUGGACUGCAUUAAAGGUCUCCUCAAUAUAGUUCCGAGUUGGGCUUACAUAGGGAGUCAUCAGCCAAGAUCGUUGAGGAUAGCCGGAAUCACCUGUUAAAAAAAAUGUAAAAAAAACAAAAUAAUAUAAUAUUGAACGAAGUAACUACAUAACAAUUAAUGAUUGUCUCACCCAAAAGCCAGACAACUUCAUUGUCUCUGUGUAGUAGUUGCAUAUAACUGUUGAUGUUACUAUUCUCCCAUAUAAAAGAAUCAUGGGCUGCACCUCCAAACUUAGCAUUUAAUGACAGAAUUUUACAGUUGUGGUCACAUAUCUAAAAAAAUAUAUAUUUAUUAUUAAAGUAUUUACUUUAUUUUCUAGUAUUUUGUAUAUGACAUGUAUAUACAAAAUACUAGAAAAUAAAGUUGAACAUUGAAGAUAAACGUACAAACGCUAAAAACAUAGAAUUAAAGAAGCAGGCUUGGGAGGAUCUGGCUGUGGCCUACAAUCCCAACCAUACGUCUCACAAAAACACAGUCAGCAAUUCAAUCUUACUUUGUGUUACAGAAAGAAGGACUUGA